GGUGUUCAUUGUGUGUGUGCAGCAUUAUCACAAGCCCACACUCCAUGGCUCCUAGUAGCACAGAGGACCCUUACCUCCAGCGCCCUCCCCUUUCAAGUGUGCAAAUCCACGUGAAAGAUCACAAAUGCUGCAUCUGCUUCUGAUCUGGUAUAGGGACUCGCCACCCUGGAGGAUGUUGGAGUGGCACCCGGCAAGGGAGGGCUCAUGGUGAUGCUUAGCGUGGCAACUCCCAGAUGCACCUUAGGAGCCAGGCAUCCUUUUGAGGACUGCCUCAGUGCCGCUGCACACCAAAUACCUAAGCUGACGUUCUGUGGACUGAGCAACAGUGGGGCUGCGCGCUAAUAACCCAGUGGAGCAUCCUUACCCUCUGGACUGGUGCGCCCUGUGUGGAUGUGCCCUGGGCACCUGGGCAUCGCACAGAUGUCCUUAUCCUAUGAACCAUCAAUCCCGUGCAGCUGCAUACUGAUGAUGACUUGGGCGGAUAUCUUUGCGCUAUGGAUGGUGCCACACGGAAGGCAGGAGCUGAUGACCCAGUGGAGCGUCCUUACCCUGGGGAUGGCUGCCCUUUUGUACCCAAGCACCGAGGCUUGGGCUGAAGUUCUUUUGCCAUAGGCUGCCAUAGAGGGCGUCCUUACCCUGCGGACAGCCGUACUGCCGCGCCUGCGCACUAAGAACUGGGCGGUCUUUCUAAUUGCAGAUUGCGUCACAGCCACUUCUGCACAACAAGGACGUGAGCAGACAUUUCUGUCUUGCAGACUGCGGCAAGACUGGGAGCUGGACAGAUGUCCUUACCUUGUGGACUGGAGCACAUUGGAGUCGUGUGCUGCUGCGACCACGCACCGAGGGUCUGGGCGAAUACCCUUACUGUGGGUACGGUAGCCCAUCGGUGCUAGGAAGUGAUAUUCCGGAACGACCUUGCCCUGUGGACCACCGCACUGUUGCGGCUCGCACAGAUCUAGGAGGACGCCUUUACCCCGAAGAUGGUGGUACAGUGUGGCGGCGCAGUGAUAACAGCCAAGUGUUUUUGACGUGUGGAGCAUUGCAGUGGGCGGCCAUGCUCCCAGGACCUUGGAAUUUGUACAGCGGAGCUGCGAAGUGAUAACCGCAGUGGAAUGUAUGCUCUCAACAGGUGCAUUGCCGUGGCAGACACUAAGGAUCUGAACGGAUUUUCCCCUGCAGACUGUGUAUGGUCUCGUGUGCUCUGCACACCUAGGAGCUGGGCGGGUGUUUUCACCCUGAAGACUGCUGCACGGCUGGGAGCUGGGCGGACAUCUUUAUCCUGGAGUCAGUAACGCAUCGUCUGGUGUCCUUGCCCUGGAGACUCUGGAAGCUGUCCUGAAUUUCAAGUACUCUGGAGGCCCAGGCCACAUUGAAGGGUAUUACAGGAACCUCUCACUGGGACUGCACGUGGAAGUUGAGCCAUCUGUAUUUUUCACCCGAGUCAGCACUCUCCCCGCAACCAGGACCUGGUCUGUCCUGGUGGCUUGCUGUGCACUUGAGAGUACCCGGAGGUGCCAUCUUCUCCUGGAUGUCCUCAACUCCACGGAGCACGAGCUGACGGUCAGCGCCAGGAGCAGUGAGGAGCUUGUCCUGCAUGCUGGCGAGUGCCAACGAAUGGCUAUUCAAGUGGACAAGUUCAACUUUGAGAGUGUUCCAGAAUGCCCUGGAGAGAAGGGGCAAUUUGCAAAUCCAAAGCAGCUUGAGGAGGAGAAGCAGGAAGCCCAUGGCCUGGAGAUCAACAGCAAACUGGACAUCAGAUGGAGAAUCCCCUCUCUGAAGCGCAGCGGUGAGGCGAGUGUGGAAGGGCUUCUGAACCAACUUGUCCUGGAGCGCCUGCAGCUGGCCCCCCUGCAGUGGGAUGUGUUGGUGGAUGGGCAGCCCUGUGACUGUGAGGCAGCAGCGGCCUGCCAGGUGGGCGAUCCUGUGAGUCUGGAGGUACGGCUGACCAACUGGAGCCCCCGCAGCGUGGGGCCCUUUGCCCUCACUGUGGUUCCCUUCCAGGACCACCAGAAUGGCGUGCACAACUAUGACCUGCAGGACCUCAUCUCCUUCGUGGGCUCCAGCACCUUCUAUCUGGAUGCAGUGCAGCCAUCGGGCCAGUCAGCCUGCCUUGGGGCCCUCCUCUUCCUCUACACUGGCGACUUCUUCCUCCAUAUCCGGUUCCAUGAGGACAGCAAGAGCAAGGAACUGCCACCAUCCUGGUUCUGCCUGCCUAGUGUGCAUGUGCGUGCCUUGGAGGCACAGGCCUGAGCCUUCUGGCCCCUGAUCCUCAACACAGAGAGGGACUAGCCUGACUUCUCUGCCUGCAGUGGGCAAAGCCUCCCUACAGCCGUCCCCUGCUCAUACUGCUCCCCGCCUCUCCUUCCUGCUUCUGCAACACCUGCUGGGCUGCACAGGAGUCCAGUGGACCCUUACUCAUUGCCCACUCUGUUCCUGACCCGCUGUGGCUGAUUAACUGCAGACCCAUACAGGCCCAUAACCAGACCCAGCCUCCUGGCUGCUCUCACCCCUUAGAGGGGCUUGCCUGCUCUGCCACCUCCCUUUGGCCUUAGGAAGAAAUGGUGAGCCAGUUGAGGUAGGCGCCACUUGGGGGUCUGGGGAGCCUUCCCACUCCUGCCUUGGCCCACAGAGUCCCCAAAGGCUGGCUCUUUUUCCAGAGACCACCGUGGCGAACCCAGGCAAGGGAGGGGACAAUAUAGGUGCCCAGAGUGCUUUCUGUCCGGCUGUGCUUUGGGUGCCAGGCCUGUGUGUCCAUGUCACCACGUUCUCCAAUAAAGCUCCUUCCUCGUUCU